GGUUACGUUCUCUUCUGAUAUUCGUUUCUACUCUCUGUCUCUCUCUCUCUCUCGCCUUCGAAUUUAAUUUCAAAAAUUCAUUUGGGGGAGUAUAUAAAUUAAAGCAGAACGUGCACGGUGUUCUCUUAUAAAUUUUACCAAUGAUUACAUAUGAUAUAGAUCCUGAUGUCCUUCGCUGGGGUCUCGAAGAUCUACAAGUUUGUGUAUUUAGCCAUUCUGGUGCCAGUGGUAGUGUUACUCAAUAUGAGAGAGACAAUAGCCAAACUGGGUAUAUUGGAGAGGGUUAUUAUGAACCAGAACAUGUAAAUGUAGAGAAUGAUGCGGUUAUUGCACAUGCCUUUCAAGAGGAACUCUCUCGAGUUGCUGCUGCAGAGGCAUCUGGAUCUACUAAUCCUGGCCAAGAUUCUAUUCUUGCCCAAGAUUGUUUUGGCUUUCCUGGAAGACAACAUAGUUCUGAUCAUGAAGAUGUUAGGAAAAUUGUAGAAGAUCCUAACCAAACUGAACGGUGCACAAAUGAAGUUAAUCACGUGAAGAGGGAUUUAAGUGAUCAAAACAUUAGUAGAAGUGAACAAGGUGGUGACUCUGGCAUGGGAGACAAAGUUUUUCUUGGUGAAGACAUGUUGCGUAUAGAUAAAAUUGAUGAGUCAUCUGCUCUUGAUGGUGAAGUAGAGAAGAGGUUGAAUGACAUGGUUGCUAUUCCCCAUGUACCUAAAAUUAAUAGUGAAAUACCAUCAGCUGAUGAAGAGAUAUCAGACCAUCAAAGGCUACUUGAUAGGUUGCAGUUGUAUGGUCUGGUUGAGAAUAAGGUUCAAGGUGAUGGUAACUGUCAGUUUCGUUCUUUAUCAGAUCAACUUUACCGUUCUCAAGAUCACCACAGGUUUGUGAGGCAGCAAGUUGUUUCUCAGCUUAAAUUGAAUCCAGAGAUUUACAAGGGUUAUGUUCCAAUGGCUUAUGGCGACUAUUUGAAGAAAAUGAACAAGAAUGGUGAAUGGGGUGAUCAUGUUACAUUGCAAGCAGCUGCAGAUACGUAUGGGGUGAAGAUAUUUGUAUUAACUUCAUUUAAGGAUACAUGUUAUAUCGAGAUCCUUCCACAUCGUCAAAAGUCUCAACGAAUUAUAUUCUUGAGUUUCUGGGCUGAGGUGCACUAUAAUUCGAUUUAUCCUGAAGAAGAACUGCCUAUGUUAGAGAGUCAGAAAAAGAAGAAAUGGUGGAUGAUUUUAAGUUAAGAGCAUUGCUUGCGAUGGCAGACUCAUACAUUGCACCUGGUGGAGUUUCCAUUGGGGGUUAGGGCUGCCUUUGAUAGUUAGUAGCAUCUUUCUUUCCAUCUUUGUACAUGCCAUGUAAUUUCUUUCAUGUAUAUAGAUCGGACCUUGUGACA